UAUGAUUAGUUCAGUAGCUUUCACUAAAAAGGUUACUGUAACCAAUAGAAACGCGCUUGUUAAGGCAAAAUUUAGGGGCGUCUUCCAAGAAACUCAAAAGCCUGUUAACGCUAAGAGCGUUGGACAUCUCGCUCUUAAGUUAAGAAAUGAAUUUUCAUAUAUUGCUAAUCACCUGGUAUCGUUUAGAACAGCAUUAACUAAUCACGUUUUAACCGUUGGAUAA